UCACACAUCAUCGAUUCCUUAACUACACCGCCGCCACCACUGCAAACACAAUUUGAGACCAUUCAAAAGUUGAAGGCAGAGCCAGAAGAGAGAAGAAGAAGAAGAAGAAGAAGAAGAAAAAUACCGAAACUGAAUAAGCGAAAGAGAGAAGAAGAGAGGGAGACUAUGGGUGUAGAUUACUACAAAAUAUUGCAAGUUGAUAGGAAUGCUAAAGAUGAUGACUUGAAGAAAGCUUAUAGAAAACUCGCCAUGAAGUGGCACCCUGAUAAGAACCCGAAUAACAAGAAAGAAGCAGAGUCUAAGUUUAAACAAAUCUCUGAAGCCUAUGAGGUUCUGAGUGAUCCACAAAAAAGAGCCGUAUAUGAUCAGUACGGUGAGGACGGCCUUAAGGGCCAGGUACCACCGCCAGAUGCCGGCGGUCCUGGUGGCGGAGCAACGUAUUUCUCAACCGGAAACGGAUCGACGACGUUUCAUUUUAACCCUCGAAGCCCGGAUGAUGUAUUUCGGGAGUUUUUUGGUUUUUCAAGCCCAUUUGGCAGUGCUGGUGGGAUGAGAGGGUCAAGGUUUUCGAGCGGGAUGUUUCCUGACGAGAUGUUUGGUUCCUUCGGUGAAGGGGGAGGAUCGAUGGGUGGUGGGCCCCGGAAAGCUCCACCAAUUGAGAACAGGUUGCCUUGUAGCCUAGAAGAUCUCUAUAAAGGGACUACUAAGAAGAUGAAGAUCUCCAGAGAGAUUGCUGAUAUAAGUGGUAAAACAACGCAGGUGGAAGAAAUAUUGAUUAUUGAUGUGAAGCCGGGAUGGAAGAAAGGGACAAAGAUCACCUUCCCUGAGAAAGGAAAUGAACAACCAAAUGUCAUACCUGCGGAUCUUGUGUUUAUCAUCGACGAGAAACCUCACAGCGUGUUCACCAGAGACGGAAAUGAUUUGAUUGUUACACAGAAGAUAUCUUUAGCAGAAGCCUUGACAGGCUACACAGUCUGUCUGACGACCCUGGAUGGCAGGAAUUUAACCAUUCCUAUCAAUACUGUCAUUCAUCCUACAUACGAGGAGAUUGUACAAAGGGAAGGGAUGCCACUUCAAAAAGAUCCAUCAAAGAGAGGAAAUUUGAGAAUCAAAUUCAAUAUCAAGUUCCCCACAAGGUUGACUGCUGAGCAGAAAGCUGGAAUCAGGAAACUCUUGGGUCCUUGAGAUUGGUUGAUAUGGGCAAGUAAUACUGGAUGGUCGAGCAUUUUUUUUUUAAGUAUAUAUACACAUUCCAUAUAUUUUUCAAAAACAUGAUGGUAAUAAUGGGGUGUUAAUUUCUUGCAUUAUGAUUUAGAAAUAAAAAAUUUAAUUUGUAUUUUAGGGAUAUUUUGAGUGUUCUUUUUAAAACAAUUUUUGUAAGUCUGAGAGUGUGAAGGGUUAGCGAUGGUAAACAAGUAUAGACAGUUUCCUUUGCGAUAAUCAGACGACAUGUCGCAAGUGAGUUAAAAUCA